GGACGUCCCCAUGUCGUACAUCAGAGUCAACACGUUGUCGCUGGAGACGCGCGCGUCUCCGUUUUUUGUAUAAAUGCUUGGUAGAAAGUGCUAGAGCACUGAUACACCGGCUGUUACCUCUGACGGUACGAAACGACCAGGAGAAUAUCAUAAUGAAGAGCUCAGUUUUGUGCUUCGCGGUUGUUCUGGCGUUCGCCGCAUUUUUACAUUCCUCUGAUGCACAAGCUGAGGAACAGUGUGCAAGCCACCUCUGCCUACCCUCGAACCAAUGUGCGAGCUUCGCGCAAUCUGGAUAUUGUCCAAAUCGGGAACACAGUUGCUGCAGAGAGGUUCGCAGAGAAUUCCGAAGUCAAUGUCGUCAUUUCGGUGGCGAGUGUGUGACGCACAGAUGUAACCAGCGUCUCAUCGCCCGUGAAGCUCAAGAUUGCAGGUCCAAUGAAGUUUGUUGUAUUCUAAUUAACUGAAAAUCAUGACGAUGAAAAUUGUUAAGUGACUAAUUUAUCUACAUUACCAAAUACAAUUGUUGAUUAAGGAAA